AUGGAUUUGAGAAAUCUCUCGAGUACGCCGAACCAGUUGGAUUCGGUCAUGCAGCGUCGUCCAUCGUUGUCGUCGUUGUCGUCGGCAUCGGGGUAUGCGUCGUCAAACUACGGUGGAAAUACCACACCGCAAAUCAGCAAACAGAGGAUGUCACAGGCCAGGAACUUUGGUAACGGGAACAGCAACUCGAGCACGAAUUUGCAAUCAGCAUGGUUGAACCAGGGACAGAUAUCCUCGGUUUCAGGCCAGCCUCUGAAUCAGCCUCUGAAUCAGCAUGUUGUUAACACAGUUGGACCGUGGGUUGAGCAACAACAGGCACAACAGCAAGCGGGAGUUGCGUCCUUAAGCGGACUUGAUAGCAAAGUUAUCCCACCGAAUUUGAAUGACAAGAAUUCGAGCAGUAUUAAUGAUAAUGAUAAUGAUAAUGAAGUUAAACAAAACGCAGCUAAUGAUAAUAACGAUGAUGAUGAUGAUGACAUUGAUGAUGAUGAUGAAUUGAUUCCAACAGCUAUCGUUAUUAAAAAUAUCCCGUUUGCGAUCAAGAAGGAACAAUUACUAGAUGUUAUGACUAAGUUGAACUUGCCGUUGCCAUAUGCUUUCAAUUAUCAUUUUGAUAAUGGUGUUUUCAGAGGUUUAGCGUUUGCUAAUUUUACUCUGACAGAUGAAACUUCUUCAGUAGUUGGCCUUUUGAACGGUAGAGAAAUUGGUGGUAGAAAGUUGCGUGUUGAGUAUAAGAAAAUGUUACCUGCGCAAGAAAGAGAGAGAAUAGAACGUGAGAAGAGGGAGAAAAGAGGACAAUUAGAAGAGCAACAUCGUUCGACAUCCAAUGCGUCUUUAGCUUCAUUGUUAUCCGCAGCAUCAACCACUGCAGCUACUAAGAACUUGAGUGUUAAUGGAACGUCUAAUAAUCAAACUGAGAGAUUAUUUAUUACUUUUCCUAGUGCUAGUGGUAACUUACCAUUACCACCUUCAGAGUUGAACCUUAACGACCCGGAAAUCCUAGAAUUAUAUUCUCAGUUGAUUCUUUUCCGUGAUGAUAUGGCUAAGUCUAUCUUUGAAUUAGCAUUUCCGUCAUCUUUGGGCAUCGCCCAUAGAAAGAUAUUGUCUAUCUUAUGUUCAUACUUGAACUUAUUAGAGCUUUAUGAUAAUGGAUUGAUUAUUAUUAGAAGAAAGCAAGGUCAACCUGCUCACUUAACUCAACAAUCGUCUGCACCUCAGCACUCUUCGUCGAUGAUGAAUUUAAACCAAUUACCAGGAAUUGUGUCCAAUCCUCCAAAUGGAGUGACUCCUGCGGCCCAUCCUGAAUUGUUAAGAUCUCAGUCUCAAUCUGCUUUACAGAUGCCAAGGUUAAGACAACAAUCAUCUACUCCAAUUCAACAGAAUUUUCCCCAAUAUCAACAACAACCACAAGGGCAACAACAAUCUCAACUCUCUCACCCGCAAGCAAGUGGUUCCCAAUCACAAGCUCAGCCACCUCAUCAAUCUCAGUCGCAACAACAAUCACAGAGACCUUUAUAUUCAUCAAACAUUUCUCAAGUUCAACCUUAUAAUAUGUUUCAACAGCCUCCUGCAGGUCAUGGUCAAAGUCAGCAAGUUGCAACACCAUCUAUGGGCUCAUCGAGUGCUGCAGCUUUAUUAAGAUCUUCCAAUAACAGAUCUUAUGUUGAUGUUAGGUCAACACCACCUUUAUCUACGACGUUUUCUCAACCACCGCAAUCCGGUAAUGAAUCACCUACUCCACAGCAUUAUCAUUUUGCCAAUAGUAACUCAAAUAAUCAAAUCAGUCAGCCAACAACCCCAUUGGCUAACCCAGACAUCAACUCAAGAUUUGCUCCAUUUGGCCAACAUGCUCACUUGACCGGAAGUUUUUCAUCAUUGCACAACUCCACCAAUAAUGCUUCAUCACAAGGUCCCCCAAAUCCUCAAGCAUCUCAAACAAAUGAAGAAUUCGCUGAUCCAGAGGUAUUUGCCAAUAAAUUCAACUCCAUCAAUUUGUCCGGUAAUUACGAAAAUUCAAACAUGUCCAAUUCCGGCAUUUGGGGUCCAAAAUAA